UGUGUUGCUCUGAGAGCCUUGAGUUAAUUACUAUGAUUUAGUGAUGAGAGCUGAACGGAGAUGUUGUCAUUACAUUACCACUCACUGCCAGAACCCGACCGUGGUUUCCAGGGAAACUGGAAAAUGUGAAGCUUUUCAAUAGAGGCAGCCCGAGCUUAAAGAGCGAGGAUUGCCUAAGAUAGAUUCUUCUGGAGACAAACCUGGAGCCACUGCAAACACUAUCAAUCAACAGGGGAGAAGCACAGACAGAUGUGCGGCUCGAUCAGCGCUGAGAUUUUGUGAUUUUACCCAGAUGUGAGGGAGAGUGAUGGAGAGACUUCAGUCUGACUUGGACUGCUGAGGUGCUUCCACCACUAAUGCAGAGACAAAUGGGAAGUCUGAAGGAGGAGAUGAGAGGUCUCAGAGAGGACCAGAAGCCGUGCGAGAAGACGGAGGAUGGAGAGCGUCCAGGCGGCUCAGAUGGCGGCACUGAGCCUGGGGGACCUCAGACAAACAUGAGUAAAGAGUCAACAACUCAUCAGCCAAAACUUCCCAUGAAUGAAAGAAACGUUGAGGAGAGAGACACGAAUGCCAAAUCCAAAGAUCAAGAGCUUUCAGAUGGAGGUGUUGUCAAAGACUCGAUGCAGACGAACGCCAUCCCUCUGACACAACAGCCUGAAGAUGAUAAAACAACAACUGAACAUAACAACACGACAAUCUCUCAGAAGUUCCAAAGUGCUGGAGGUGGGGGGAUUCAGGAGGAGACAUCUAAGGAUCAGAACGUGGGUCCUGACAGAGAAAAGGUGGCAGAUAUUGAGAAUAUAUCGGUGCCUGUGCCAGUGACUCCGGGCCCUUCAGACCCUCGCUCCCCCGCUCCCCCCGGCCAGCAGCACAUGCGCACACAGGUCAGCCUGGAGGUGGUCCAGUGCCGCUCCGCAGCCACCAGCCCCAUGACCCCCCCUGAGGACGGCCAGUCCUUCUUCUUCCCCAGCUCCUUUGGGAAGCUGGGAGCUGUGGGCGCUGAGCUUAAGGUGGGACAGCUGGUAGAGUUGUGCUCUGUGGCCACAUCCCCCAUGACCCCAAAGACGCCCUCCACCACGGCUUUUCCAGAGCUGAUCGGGAGGGAGACGGUGCAGAAAGAUCAGAACGAGAAGGUGCAAAGGGAGAGUGGCCAAGAGUGUUUCCCCACGACACAAAGUCUGGAAGAGGCUGAGUCAGAGAUAACUGGAGCUCUGCAGGAGCAGAGAGAGAGCGCCGGGUUGUCGGUUUCACAAGUAACUAUGGAGGAUUGUAAACAGCAGUGUAAACAGCAGAGGAUGGGAAGUAUGGAUCAAGACAUUACAAUCCUGGUGACCCACUAUGGCAACAAUGAGGGGGAAGAGGAGGAGAAGGCCGAAUCAUCUUGUUAUCCCAUUGAGACAGAGAUGGUCAAAAUAGACGAAUUUGAGGAAGAGCGAGAAAACAACGGUGAUUUAAAGGGUCAACAAAAGCAAAUGGAAGAAACCUGCGUUACUGCAUGCGUAGUUCCAAAAACAGACGUGACAGCUGAACAUUCAGAGGUGGAGGAAAACAAAGGUGCAUGUGGAGAGUUGAGAGGAGAGACAAAGCCUCCUGUCCCUGAAUCUCCUGCUCCCUUCGGCCGCCACAACAUCCGCACCCAGGUCAGCCUGGAGGUGGUGCAGUGCCAGUCUGUGGCCACCAGCCCCAUGACCCCUCCUGAAGGGGACCAGGCCUUCUUCUUCCCUAGCUCUUUGGGGAAGAGUGAAGGUGUAGGCACCGGGACUGAAGAGGCGGAGCUCCGUCAGCCGGUGGAGUAUCGCUCCGUGGCCACAGCACCUAUGACCCCCAGAACACCGACCACCAUGAGCUUUCCUGAGAUCAGGAAGGAUGCAAGCGUUGAGAAGAGAGUGGAGGUCAAAGUGGAGGUGGAGGUGGAGGACAAAAAGGAGGUGGUGGUCAAAGAGGAGGUGGUGGUGGUGGAGGACAAAAAGAAGGUGGUGGUGGAGGACAAAAAUAAGGUGGUGGUGGAGGACAAAAAGGAGGUGGUGGUGGUGGAGGUCAAAGAGGAGGUGGAGGACAAAAAAGAGGAUAAAGUAAGCGCAGAGAAACAGGUGGAGGCAGCUGAAGUGGACACAAAGGAGGUGGUGGUGGUCAAAGAGGAGGUGGUGGUGGUGGUGGUGGAGGUGGAGGUGGUGGUCAAAGAGGAGGUGGUGGUGGUGGAGGACAAAGUGGAGGUGGAGGUGGUGGUCAAAGAGGAGGUGGUGGUGGUGGAGGACAAAGUGGAGGUGGAGGUGGUGGUCAAAGAGGAGGUGGAGGACAAAAAGGAGGAUAAAGUAAGCACAGAGAAACAGGUGGAGGCAGCUGAAGAGGACACAAAGGAGGAGGAGAAUGGUGAAGAGCAAAGUGAGGAGCCGGUGCAGGAGGUGAGCUGGGAUGAGAAAGGGAUGACGUGGGAGGUGUACGGGGCCGUGGUGGAGGUGGCUGUGCUGGGAUCAGCCAUCCAGAAACACCUGGAGAAACAGGUGAAGAAGCAGAAGCCCUCCAUGCCUCCCCCUCCUCCGCUCAACCCCUCAGCAGUGCCCCUCUCUCCAGAGUCCAUCCGGGGGGGAUCUGGCUCGGGUUCGGGGUCAGGUUCUGGUUCGGGAAAGGGUCGGGCGGGGAAGAGGGGAGAGCAGGGUGGAGGGGUGAGCCGACGCAGAAGAAACCCCUUCCGCCUGCUGAUGGAGAACAUGCAGCAGCCACACUGCUGCUCCAGAGCUCACACUGCUGAGUGA